GAAGAAGAAGAUGGUUGUAAUUUGCCAUUGAAGAAGAAGAAGAAGAAAAAGAAGAAGAAGAAGAAGAAGAAGAAGUCGGUAAUACACUGUCGUACUCUGUAAUAUCUCCGGUGCUACACACACAAAUUUGUACUGAGACAUAGAGGAUGUCCAAUACUGAGAAUAAUCCUUUUCAACAUAUAGUUGAGCCUCUGGACCCCACGGACCCGGAGCAGCAGUUUUACAAUCUUUCCAAACUUGGAGACACUCGAUAUGACCGCCUACCGUUCUCCAUCCGGGUCCUCCUGGAGUCUGCAGUCCGGAACUGUGAUGAGUUCCUGGUGAAGCGCUCAGAUGUGGAAAGUAUCCUCAACUGGAAGCAGACCCAGACUCAGACUGUGGAGGUACCAUUCAGACCGGCCCGAGUCAUCCUCCAGGAUUUCACUGGUGUCCCUGCUGUGGUGGACUUUGCUGCCAUGCGUGAUGCAGUGAUGAAACUAGGUGGUGACCCAGAGAAGAUUAAUCCAGUUUGCCCUGCUGACCUCGUCAUCGAUCAUUCAAUCCAAGUGGACUUUAAUAGAAAGUCUGACAGCCUCCAGAAAAACCAGGAUUUGGAGUUUGACCGCAACAAAGAAAGGUUUCAGUUCUUAAAGUGGGGUUCGAAAGCCUUCAGGAACAUGCGAAUCAUUCCUCCUGGUUCAGGGAUCGUUCACCAAGUCAACCUGGAGUACCUGGCCCGAGUGGUGUUUAACCAAGAUGGCUACUUCUACCCCGACAGCCUGGUGGGCACAGACUCCCACACAACCAUGAUUGAUGGACUGGGUGUCCUUGGCUGGGGUGUGGGUGGAAUUGAGGCAGAGGCCGUGAUGCUGGGUCAGCCAAUAAGCAUGGUCCUGCCUGAGGUGGUGGGAUACAAGCUGCAUGGGAACCCAGACAAACUCAUCACCUCCACUGACAUCGUCCUCACUGUUACCAAACACCUCCGUCAGGUGGGUGUAGUGGGGAAGUUUGUGGAGUUUUUCGGCACGGGUGUGGCUCAGUUGUCUAUCGCUGACAGAGCUACCAUCGCCAACAUGUGUCCGGAGUACGGAGCCACAGCAGCUUUCUUCCCUGUGGACGACGUCAGCAUUCAGUACCUCGAGCAGACAGGGCGAGAAGCAGAGAAGCUGGCUUACAUUACAAAGUACUUGAAGGCAGUUGGCAUGUUCAGAGACUACAAUAACAUCUCUCAGGAUCCAGAUUUUACUCAGGUCGUGGAGUUGGACCUGAGUACAGUGGUUCCGUGCUGCAGUGGUCCCAAAAGACCUCAGGACAGAAUUGCUGUUUCUGACAUGAAAAAAGACUUUGAAACAUGCCUGGGAGCAAAGCAAGGUUUCAAGGGUUUCCAAGUGCCCCCAGAGCGUCACAGCACGGUGGUCCCCUUCCAGUUCAAUGGAAAAGAGUACACACUGAGCCACGGUUCAGUGGUCAUUGCUGCUAUCACCAGCUGCACCAACACAAGCAACCCAUCUGUCAUGCUUGGAGCAGGACUCCUCGCUAAGAAGGCAAUAGAGCUUGGCGUGAGUGUGAAGCCGUACAUAAAGACCAGCCUGUCACCCGGCAGUGGAGUGGUCACGUACUAUCUAAAGGAGAGCGGCGUUAUGGACUACCUCUCCAAGCUAGGGUUUGAGGUUGUUGGCUAUGGUUGCAUGACGUGUAUCGGCAACAGUGGGCCGCUCCCAGAGCCGGUGGUGGAGGCCAUUACAAAGGGAGAUGUGGUUGCUGCAGGGGUGUUGUCAGGAAACAGAAACUUUGAAGGGCGAGUCCACCCCAACACCAGAGCCAACUACCUGGCUUCUCCACCCCUAGUCAUCGCCUAUGCUAUAGCAGGCACCAUGAUGAUAGACUUUGAGAAUGAGCCCAUUGCCAUUAACUCUGAAGGCAAAGAGAUCUUCCUGAGGGACAUCUGGCCCACACGAGAGGAAAUCCAGGCUGUGGAGAGAAAGUUUGUCAUUCCAACAAUGUUCAAAGAAGUCUAUGAGAAGAUUGAGAAAGUGAAUGAACGCUGGAACGCUCUGGUUGCUCCGUCGGACAAGCUUUAUACCUGGGAUCCCAAAUCCACGUACAUCAAGUCGCCACCGUUCUUCGAUGGUUUGACCAUGAAGCUGCAGCCUCCUAAGUCCAUAACUGACGCCUACGUGCUGCUGAACUUUGGAGACUCGGUCACCACAGACCACAUUUCUCCUGCAGGGAACAUCGCCAGGAACAGCCCCGCGGCACGCUACCUCACCAACAGAGGUUUGAACCCUCGAGACUACAACUCAUACGGCUCUCGCCGAGGUAACGACGCUGUGAUGGCCAGAGGGACGUUCGCAAACAUCCGUCUCUUUAACAAGUUCCUCAACAAGCAGGCGCCGCAGACCAUCCACCUGCCGAGCGGAGAGACGCUGGACGUGUUUGAUGCUGCAGAGAGGUACCAGCAGUCUGGAGUCCCUCUGCUGGUCCUGGCAGGGAAGGAGUACGGCUCCGGGAGCUCCAGAGACUGGGCAGCAAAAGGACCUUUCCUGCUGGGAAUUAAGGCGGUUCUAGCAGAGAGCUAUGAGCGGAUCCACCGCAGUAACCUGGUCGGGAUGGGAGUGAUUCCUCUGGAGUAUCUCUCAGGGGACACGGCUGGCAGUCUGGGGCUGACCGGCACAGAGCGCUACACCAUCAUCAUCCCCAAGCAGCUCACACCCAGGAUGACUGUGGAUGUGAAGCUCGACACGGGGAAAACAUUCCAAGUGCGAAUGAGAUUUGACACUGACGUGGAGCUGGCGUAUUUCCACCACGGAGGAAUCCUCAACUACAUGAUCCGCAAGAUGUCCGAGAACUAACUCUAACAGCAACAGCACAGACAGAGAGAAACAUGUUUAAUUUGUCUAAUUAUCAGCUACAGUCCAGCAUGGAAUCAGUGUAAUGCAGUAGUUGACAGAGGAACACCGUCCAGGAUCAGUCCAGGGGUUCUCCAUGUUCGGUGCAGAAAACACAACACACACACACACACAACAUCUUCCCAUGAAUGUGAAUGGGGAAAGAAUAUUCUCAUUUUUGAGAUUGCUGCUACUCGUCAUGUUUGAAACACACAGCAGACCUGGGGUGAACAUGCACAUAGAUAUAUAAAUAUAUAUAUAUGAGAUGUGAAUAUUCAGUGAAGAUAUGCAAGAUAGGAAGAUGUUUGAUUUAAAGAUGCCACAUGAAAUAAGUCGACUUUGUUUCACCUCAUCCAGAUGUCCUCCGGUGUUUCACUCUCAUCCCAACCUGCUAUCUGUGUCUGUCUGUGUUUCCUGCUUCACUUUGUACGGUUUCAGAGACGUGAUACAUCUGGAAUCAAGGAGACGGAUUAUUCUAGUUUAUUACUGCUUGACUCUUAUUUAGUAUUUCAUCAGUUGGUACCUUAAUACUGUGUUUUUCAGCACUGUGGUCUCCAGGACUGUAGACGGAGAUGGAGAGCUGUGUUUUAUUUGUAAGUCCUUGUCUCGUUAGCGGUUAGCAUUCCCACAAGGACGCGUGUGUACGUCAUACACACACAUUCCAACCAAUAGUUUUGCACUUGUCCACUGAUCUACAGGUAUAAACAAUGUGCUAACAAAGGCAGUGAAGAAGACGCCAGGAAACAUGGACUUAAACAAUGCAGGUUUUAAAAUGGGAAGAUAAUGUUUUACAAAGACAGAGAUGUAUUCAACACAUUUGCUUGUGUUGAAACUGUUUGUGUCGUAAGAACAGAUCAAGCUUUGACAGCCACAGUUAUGAAAACAAAACCCAAGUUGUAAUAAAGCAGAAUUAUUCUUCCUGUUGGUUCUUCAGACAUUCCAGACUUAGUUGUAAAACCUGCUUUUUGUCAAUGUGUCAACUUAAUGUUAUCAGCUGCCUUAAUAACUUCACGUGUCUGAUCAUCUUGUUUGUAUUUAUCCUAAAACACUGAUCGUUGUGAUUAUGAAAACUGACUGUUGAACCUUUAGUCUGAAUGCAUUAAUCCACAGAAUCCUGAUAAAUAAAAUGACUUGUGAUUUUUA